CUCCACCGCCGCAGUCCAAGAUGGCGGCGCUGCCCGGUUCUCCCGGCGCGGCCGCGGCUCCCGGCGGGUAUCGGCCGUUCGAUCCGGUGUCUCUGGGGUUGGACCCGGGUUGGCGGCUGACGGGUUACGGAGAGCUGCGGGGCUGAGGCUGUAAAGUGCCUCAGGAGCAGCUGCUGCGGCUGCUGGCGCCGCUCGGCACCGGCAUCGCCUCAGGCGGCGGCGACGGGGACGGAGAGAGCGGAACGGGGGGAGCCCUGGGGAUCGGGCUGGAUGCGUGCGUGGUGCCGCUGCGGCACGGGGGGCUCUCGCUGGUGCAGACCGCCGACUUCUUCUACCCGCUGGUGGAGGACCCCUACAUGAUGGGCCGCAUCGCUUGCGCCAACGUGCUGAGCGACCUCUACGCGAUGGGUAUCACCGAGUGCGACAACGUCCUUAUGCUGCUCAGCGUCAGCCAGAAAAUGAGCGAGGAGGAACGGGAUAAGGUGAUGCCGUUGGUGAUUCGCGGGUUCCGCGACGCGGCCGAGGACGCGGGGACGUCGGUGACGGGCGGACAGACGGUGCUCAACCCUUGGCUCAUCGUCGGCGGCGUCGCCACCGUCGUUUGUCAACCUAACGAGUUCGUUAUGCCGGAUAACGCCGUGCCGGGGGAUGUGUUGGUGUUGACCAAACCUUUGGGAACGCACGUGGCCGUCAGCGCCCAUCAGUGGUUGGAUAACCCGGAACGUUGGAACAAGCUGAAGCUGGUGGUGACGCGGGAAGAGGUGGAGCUGGCCUACCAGGAGGCCAUGUUCAACAUGGCUACCCUCAACCGCACGGCCGCGGGGUUGAUGCGAGCGUUCGGAGCCCACGCGGCCACGGACGUGACGGGCUUCGGGAUCCUGGGCCACGCCAGGACGUUGGCCGGCCAACAGCGGCAGGAGGUGGCCUUCGUCAUCCACAACCUGCCCGUCAUCGCCAAGAUGGCCGCCGUCAGCAAGGCCUGCGGUUCCCGCUUUGCGCUGCUCCAGGGCACUUCGCCUGAGACCUCCGGGGGGCUCCUGAUCUGCCUUCCGCGGGAGCAGGCGGCGCGGUUCUGCGCCGAGCUGAAGGCGCGCGGCGAAGGCCACCAAGCGUGGAUCAUCGGCAUCGUGGAGAAAGGGCCUCGCGGCGCUCGCGUCAUCGACAAACCCCGGCUGAUCGAGGUGCCGCCGCGCGGGGCCCCCCCAAGCCCCGGCGAAGCCCCCCCGCAAGACCCCCGACCCUUUUAGGGGGGGAACUGCACCCCAAAAUCACCCAAAUCUGCAUGAAUUCCCCCCCCCCAUUUUGGGAGGUUUCAUCGCAUAAAAUUCCCCUCUUCCAAAAUGGUUGGAAAACCGCCAUUUUCUUUUGGCGUCCCCCC